GUCCGCGAGAAGAUUACCUUCGGUUGACCUCCGUCUCCGCUAACCCCGCCCCAGUCCACCAUGGUCUACUCGCCCAGCACGUACCUCAUCUCCGCCGUCGUGGCCGCCGUGGCGCUGCAGAUGCAGCAGACGACCGCUACUUCGCUGUACUACACUCCGUUCACGGUGUCGGACACCACCGACGAGCUCACGGACAAGUUCCCUGCGUACGGCGCUGAAGUGGCUGACCAGGACUGUCUCGUCAAGGUCGAGGUGGACCCGACGCUGCCCAACAUCACCACCAUCCUGCCCGAGCCUUCGGAGUUCCCGGACCUGCUGGCCAACCUGACUACGGCCCCGGCCGAGCCCGUGUGCGACAAGGUCGGCACGAAGGAGUUCUCGGUGGAGGUUCCCGCCGUGGACGCCGACCAGGAUGAGUACGUCGGCAAGCCGGCCCUGUCGACCCCGGUGAUUGCCCCCACCAACAAGACCGGCAUCGACCACAAGGACUGCGCCACCGGAUGGGAAGACACCCAGACCGAGCGCAAGCUGCAGACCAAGCGCCAGCUUGAGGCCAACGCCAACCAGGACAUCGCCAAGCUCGAGGCCUUCUUUGGCACCAAGAUGGAGACGAAGCUGUCCAAGCUGCCCACCGUGGGUGUGCACACGCCGUCGCCGUGGGCUGGCCCGUACUGGCCCACGUACCAGGACAGCACUAACGUCGUUUGGAGCGAGGGCCAGCCGAGUGCUUCGGAGAAGUACGCGACUGCGUUCGGCAAGGACGUCAAGACGUUCAUGGACGCCGUGUCCAAGAAGAACGGUGUUGACUCGCAGAGCGGCCGCAAGAAGUGCACGGCCGACAGUGACUGCACGGCCCUCGCCAACGGCAGCGGCUGCGCCAUCCGUACCGGUGCUUCUUCCGGCUACUGCAUUCCUAUGUGGUUCGGCAUCUGUCACGCCUGGGCCCCGGCUGCCAUCCUCGAGGAUGAACCCGACUGCCCUGUGACGUACAACGGUGUGACUUUCCAGCCCGUGGACAUCAAGGGCCUUAUCUCCCUAGUUUACGACGGUGCUCGCGUGCAGACUGUGUUCACUGGUGCGCGGUUCAACGGCGGUACCGACUCGACGGACGAGUACGGCCGCCACUCGAACAACGCCUUCCGCGACCUCAACCCGGCCUACUUCCACAUCGCUGCGGCCAACAUGCUCGGCAAGCUGAACUCGACGUUUGUGGUAGAUGUCACGGCCGGCGCUGAGGUGUGGAACCAGCCCGUGCGCGGUUUCAAAGUGUACGAGCAGACGUCCAUGUCGCCUAAGAAGGCCGCCCAGACCUUUUACGGUCUCCAGAAGUACCCGUGGAACGCAGCGGCCAAGAAGAUCGUGUACGUCAAGUCCCGCCUUUCGUGGAUCAUUGAGACGUACACGGACGGUGGACUCGUGGCCUCGGGCGCGAUCAACCAGUUCACGACGGGCAAGUACUACACCUACCUGCUUGAACUGGACUCCGCCGGUGAGAUCAUUGGUGGUGAGUGGGUGUACGACUCGGACGAGGACCACCCCGAUUUCCUUUGGUUCGGUAAGGGCAAGCCUGCCGCGAACACGGUGACGAGCGUCGGCCUGAGCUACGCUGAUGUGAGCAUGCUGCUGAAGGCGUCCGCGACUUGCACUGCUGUAGUGUAA